AUGUCUGCAGAUCUCGAAAUCAGACUUCCAAUCAUCGAUGCUGCGCCGACUUCUCAAGAUUCCGACAAGAUUGACAGCAUUGAUGGCGACAGCGAGAGCUGCAUCAGUGAGGAGGAAGAGUGCCUGACUCCGAAAUCAACGGAGCACAUGAUCCCGGCGGCGCUCAGCCCCCCGCCGGCGCCGAAGAAGCCGCUGCGGCGGCGGGGCUCCUCGUGCAAGAGGAAGCUCUACGAGCUCGACUUCUUCGAGGCCGUGGCCGAGGACAAGAUCGACGCCUUCUUCAGAAAGGCUGAGGAAAAUAUCGGCGGCGCCGUCGCCGCCGCCGCAAAGAGGAGAUGCGUGGUGUAA